CCGCCUCGCCUGUUCCCCGCAGACGAGCAGGGGCCGGCGGCCGCACCGGGGAGAUGUCCGGCGGCCGGAGGAGAGGCGGCGCCCCCUGGCACAGCCUCUCCCGGUUCUUCGCUCCCCGAAGCCCUUCCCGGGACAAGGAAGAGGAAGAGGAGGAGAGGCUGGGGACGAGCCAGACGCCGGCUCCGGGCCGGGGUGCUGCCAGUGUUGAAAAUGAACCCACGAGCACGAGUCAGAAAAAGGAAAAUGUACAUUCGUCAGAAGCAGUAAAGAUUCCCCAAAAUGAAGACAAAAGGAACAAUGCUGAGAAGCCAGUCACUCCUCCAACGCAGGAAGAUUCCAGAAAGCCAGAUGAUCUUCCCUGUUCUCCUUCAGAUACCAAAACAGGAGAAGGUGAUAGACAGCCCAAAGAAAGCUUUUUCCAGUUUCUGGGUAACCUGUUCAAUAUCUCAGGAAAAUCAUCUCUUGGUGAAACUAAACAGUCUUCAUUCAAAGAUGACCAUGACAAAACUGAGAAAGAUUUACCAAAUCUCAGUGACCGGCGCGAAGAGGGAAUCACCGGGGUGAGGAACAUUUUCAGUGGCUCCACUGGGGCUCACGUGCUUCCAGCAGAAGAGCAAGAUUCCAACUCACCUGAACUCUCAGACGCCUUUUCUUUGAACACAACACAAGACAGUGAGCAGGAAACCAAUGAUUUGCUAAAACAAAUUGAUGGUAAACCAGAGAGGCCUUCGGUAACAUAUGCAACGUAUCGGGGCCCCAGGCAAAUGAAGAAAUAUUUAAAGAAGCAGAGUGCGGUAGAUACUGUGAAUCACUUGGAUGGAGAAAAUGAAAGUUCUGACUCCAGUACAAGCACACACACUGGCCCUGGAAGUGAGACUGGGGCUGGGUUAGCUCCAUCAUUGUCAUCCAUGAGCAUAGAUGUGUCUGUGAAAGAACGUUUGCUUGGAGGCCCGUUAGAAGACUCCAGUGGUAACAAAAUAAAUCUCAACACAGAAAGCCAUCUGGCAGACAAACCAGAACUGCAGUGUAUUGCUUCUUCUAAGGAUGUUUUAAAUAAAAAUGACCCUGGGGGACCUGAGGGAAGUAGGUCGUCCCCUUCUUCUCUGAGUAACUCCAACGCCGCUGUUGGAGAAAAUGACUCACAGCAACAUUUACGUUGUGUGCCAGUUUCUCAGACUGACAGAAAUUUGGUAUGUUCAGCUUUGUUUACAGGAAGUAACAACAGCAGAGUUCCUUGCAGUCCAGAGUUUCAGAGGAGGACAGAAAAUACAACAGAAGAAAACCGUCCUGUGAGGAGAGAUAGGACAUUGGUGCAAAGAGGAGAGUGUGUAGAGCUUCAGAGCCCUGCUACUUCCGACUUCUCUUGUGGUAAAGCUGAUGGGAGUGACACCACCAAACAGGAAAGUACAAAUUUGCCAAGUCCAUAUAAAUCAAUUAGGCAUGAAGAUCUGCAGUUGCCAGAGAGUAAGUGUUCUGACACACAACCUGCGGAUAACUCAUCAAAGCUGGCUACCAGUCACACCAGCACCAUUGCUCUCGAGAGACAUGUUGUGACAGACACAGAACGUACACAUGAAGGAAACCCGUCUACUACCCGACACUCACAAAUGAAUUUCGCUGUAACUGAAAUCAGGCACGACACAGAAAGUGUCUUAGCUGGUGAACUCACAACUUCAAGUAAUAUAAAUGCUCCAAAAAGUAGAAAUGACUCAUUACACAAAGACAUUGACCAGUUGCUUACGACAGAAACAAAAAAGCUUGAUUUCAGGCCACAUGGCACAACUUCUCAGACUGUUAGGAUAAAUCAAAAGGACUCUGUCUCUUUAAAAUGUAUCAGUGAAUCAGGAGUUGUAGCGUGCUUAGGAGAUACAGUAGCGCCUGAACUGAAUUUUGAAGUUAAUAGAAAUCACAUUUCAGAAUCUCCUCUUGAGAGUCUUCAACAAGCCAAAUUAUCACUGGAUGCUAAAAAAUCUCUUACCCUUGACUGUAAAAAAUUAAAUUUCAAUGCUUCACCUCCUACCUUUGUUUCUGGAGCUGACAUGCUGAGCCAGUUGGAGAAUCCUGUGUUAACGGAUGAGGGUUCUUCUGUGCUCAUUGAAACUGGGGGUGUCAAUACUGCUGGUAUUUCCUAUCAGUGUCAAGAAGAAAACGUGGCAGAUCGUGUUGAAGCUGCAGAUAGGAAAAGUCCUCCUCCUUCCCUCCGCCUUGAGCAGGCAGCUGCAGUUUUUGAAUCCAAGGAAGUUAUUCCUGGUAGUAAAGAAUGCCAGGUUCCACUAGGUCCUGAAAGCACUGAUGCCCACUUAACUGGAGUGGACCUGUUGAGCUCUGAGUCUCGAAGCCUCUGUAAGGACCACAGUUCAGUUUCAUCUCAAGGGUCUAAUAAAGCGAAGCUAGCUCCUUUAAACACUAAAUCCAGUAAUAGCACUGUAGAUAAGUCUGAUUCUCUUUCCUUGGAAACCACAACUGAUAACAUUGCUAAAAUGUUAUCAAAAGCUGAAGUUGAUGGUCGGAAUGAUGUUCCUGUUAAGUCAUGUUCUGGAAGAAGAAAAGCUAUAGCCCUACCCAAGAUUUCUGUUUCCCAAACAGAGCCCAGAAUCAUUUCUCAGGAUAAAAUUUUUUCUUCUACAUCUGAAAUUGCAGAUAAAACAGAGAAGCCUGUUUUAUCAGAAUUAACUUCUUUAGACAAAAGUUUUCAAUCCAGGGGUCAAGAGAUUAAAGAGAAAUGUUCAGAUUUAGACCAUAAAGAGAAUUGCCAAGCUGAGGUUUCUACUUCUGCCUCCAAAUAUCAAGGCAUACAGCAUCCAGAGGUGGAAACUUUAGGUGAUCCUCCUGCUCUUUUACUUGCUGUUCAUAAUGAAAAAGUCACCAGGCAAAGGGCACAGAAUUAUGAAACUAACCCUUCCAUGAUUUGUGAACCUGCAGAGAUGCGUGGCACCAAAAAGGCUUCUGGGCUCUCAGAAAUGACAGAAUCUGGGUUAACUAAUAUUUUCCCAAAAUUCCAAGAAACUGACAGCACGAAAGUAAAUUCACCUUUUCUGGGUUCUGAUGUCAGUUUGGAAAAAAUUGUCUUGGCAUCUGAGGAGUCAAGCUUUCUUAACGUUACUUCCAUGCUGAGAUCAGAAGAGAAAGCCUCAUCUCACAGAAAGAAAGAGAACGCUCAUUUUCUAUGGGAAUGUACUGAUAGGGUGUCUUCCUGUAGUAACUCUGAAGAUGUUAGCGUGGUUACAAGUUCACAUAACCUAAAAGAUAAUAUUAAUUCUGAAAAAGUUACCCUAGAUCUCACAUAUGAAGGUGCCCCCUUAACUAACCUGCUAUCCCCUAGUAGCUCUUAUUUGGAAUUUGAAACGCCUGACCCAUCAGGGGCAGAAGUAACCCCACUUCGGGAACAUUUUGGGAUUCAUACUGGGAAGGUAUCUCUUGAUUUCCCAACUGCUGCCCAGUUUGACAGUCCCAUGGAAGCAGAGGCUGAAGCAGUUGCUGGGGCUCCAGUGUCAGUUAACAGCUCAAGCCAGCAGUGUUCUGAAGCAUCUGCUGAGCACACAGAAGCAGAGAGAAGAGCACAUGACCAACUUUGGGACCCCGAAAGUGGUUUACUUAAAAAGGCUGAUACAUUAAUUGAUGAGAUUUUUAACUCUGUGAGAGAAGAACUAAAAUCUAAACCCACAGUUGGAAUCUACCAAGAACAUACAGCCACAGAUGGUAUAAUGAAUCCAGGUACCCUGAAAGAAGAUACCCCUGAGGAAAGCUCAUCAGAAGAAAUGGCACCAGCAGGAAUCCAACUGACUGACCGUUUGAAAGAGCAGGGCACGGAAGACAUGUCAGAAAACAAAGGGGAAGAGAAGGCCAGUGUUUUAACCACUGUUGGUGAGAAGAGUCUCCUUUUUGAUUCUGAUAGAGUGAAUGUGACUUAUUUGUUAGAAGAUCAAACUAGGAAAUUAGUUGAUGAGGUUAUUUAUUCAGCCCAAGAAAAUCUGGUGGAUGAACCUUUUGAAGAUACUGAGAAUACCUGGGAUUCUGAACUUCAGGCUAACGCUUCACAAAUUCUGAACAAUGAUAGUGUUAAGCCACAUGAUAGAGUUAGGGAGUUCCUGGUAUCAGAGCAAGCAGUAAAUCAAAGCACAUGUGAAAUUAAUGAAAAUAAAGUAAUAAGUAGAUACUUCUCUGUAAGUAACUUGGUUAGUGACACAGAGUCAAUUAAAGGAAGAGAAAUGGUUCUCUACCAAAAAUCCCCAUUUUCUGGAAAGGGAGUGGGGUAUUCUGAUAAUAUAAAUGUGGAGGAAUCAGAUACUGUUUUACUGUCUGAAGACACGCCCCACAGAGAGUUAGAUGAUGGGGUAAAAACACAUUUACUUCUCAAAGAGGGCUGUAAAGAGAAAAAGGAAAUAGAGUGUGUGGAUAAUCACAAAAGUGGGAUGGAAGACACAGGAACUCUUGUAUUAAACUUCACUUUGCCUCCGUUUGUGAGUGAUGACACCCAUGCACCUGGCACAUCCAAAAGCAGCUUGUCUGAUAGUCUAGUAUGUAUAUCUGAAAAAAAUUUGCCAGGACACAGUAGUAAAAGCACACCCCUUGCACUGUCAGAAGUAGUAAAAGUACACAAAAAGGAUACUGAAGUGACUGUAGGAAAAAUUGAGCUCGUACCUUCCAUGUUAGAAAUGGGGAAAGCAAACAGAAAGGACGCUGAACUGAACAUUAGGAAGUUUGAGGCAGCCCCUCCUACAUUAGGAAUGGGAAAAGCACGUAAAAAGGAUGUUGAAUUGGAUGGCACAAAAGCUGAACCAAGAGCUGACGUUUUUAACAUGGGGGAAGUACGCCAAAUGGAUGUUGAGAGGUAUAUUGAAAAAAAUGAGGGAUUACCUGUCAUCUUAGGGAUGGAAAAAACUUUUAAGAUGAGGGAUACUGAAGGGGAUAUUGGCAAAACUGAGGUGAUGCCUAUGAUGUCUGAGGUGAAAAAUACCUACCGAAAAGAUGCCGAGGGGAUUACUGGGAAAACUGAAGUGAUACCAGUUACGUUAGACGUGGAAAGUGUUUGCCCAAAGGAUGCUGAAGGGGAUAUUACAAAAACUGAGGUAACACCUAUUCCAUUAGAAAUGGAAAUUAUUCACAAAAAACAUGCUGAAGGGGACAUUGGCAAGACUGAAGUGACACCUGUUACCUCAGAAGUGAGAAAUACCUACCAAAAAGAUGCUGAGAGGAUUACUGAAAAUACUGAAGUGGUACCUGUUACAGUAGGAAUGGAAAAUAUUUGCCAGAAAGAUGCCAAAAGUGAUAUUGAUGAGAUUGUAGUGGAAGCUGGUAUAUCAGAAGUGGGAAAUACCUACCAAAAAGAUGCUGAGAGUAUUACAGGAAAUACUGCAGUGAUACCUCUUACGUUAGAAAUGGAAAAUAUUUGCCCAGAGGGUGCUGAAGGGGUUACUGACAAGACCAAAAUACCACCUGUUAUGUCAGAAGUGGACAAUACCUACCAAAAAGAGUCUGAAAGGAUUACUGAAAACACGGAAGUGAUACCUGUUACAUUAGAAAUAGAAAAUAUUUGCCCAAAGGGUGCGGAAGGAGAUAGUGCAAAAACUGAAGUGACUUUGGAUGUGCUAGAAAUGGAAAAUACCUACAAAAAGGAUGCCGAAGAGGUUUUUAAGAAUACUGAAAUGUUACCUUCUGUGUUAGACCUGAAAGAAGCACAGGAGGCAGCACCUACCUCUGCCUCUUCAGAAAUGGAAAAAGCAUGCAAGAGGGAUGCUAAAGAGACUAUUGGGACAAUUGUGCCUGUGCCCCCUACGACAGAAAUGGAAAGAACAUCCACAGAACAUUCUGAUGGGAGUAGUGGGAAACAAGAAGCAUUAUCUACUAUGUUAAACAUGGAGAAAACUUAUGGAACAGGUCUGGAAUUGACCAUUACACACGCGGAGGCCGUGCUUCCUUCCGAAUUUGAAGCUGUAAAAGUGCCCCAAGCGUAUGCUGAAGUGAUCGGUGGAAAAAUGGAGGAAGAGCCCACUGAAAUAAAGGAAAGCUUGAUAGCAUGUGGCAACAGAUUUACCUCACAUUUCAGGGGCUAUGAAUCACCUACGUUAAGUAAGGAUUAUGAAGGCUACCCAGCCUUAGCAAUACCUGAUUUUCAACCUGAGGAUACUACAGCAAGUCUAGACAGAAGAAUGUCUGUUACUGCAGUACGGAACAAAAAGAGAGAUCUAGACUAUAGCAAUGUAAAAGAACACUCUAACUUAGCCUUUGUUUCUCAGGAUGAACAAGAAAAUCCAUCUUUUACUAUAUUAUAUGAAGAGCCCCUUCAAGACGAGGACAAGUAUGCCUCUGCAGAAGUGAGGAGAACGCGUUCUCUCUUGUUUCCUGAUACAUCCAUUGACAGCAUGCCUGUUGUGGCAUGCGAAAGGUCUGAGAGUAGAACUGACCUCCUCCAUCGUUUUGAAAAGGAUGCUAAGUUAGGUGAGACAUUUGAUAGUGAUAAUUCAGAAAUGUUCUUAUCAGUGGAGGCCAAAAGGUACAAGAUUUAUCCCUUAGCUUUGUCUCCCAUCUAUGAAGAUGACAGCUCUCAGGAGGACCUUCUAUCCAGUGAGGUCUCACCUGGUCACCAUGGCUCCACAAAAUCAAGAGAGAAUAGCAACCAGCCCUCUUCUGUUUUAUCACUUCUCCAGUCAGUGUCAGAGCGUUUAAAGAUGAAUUUUGAUGAAGAUGGACAGGAGGCAGGGGAGGAAGAAGAGGAGGAGGAGGAAGAGGAAGAACUAGGGCAGAGAGGGAGUCUGAGAUCUCAAAGGAGAGAACACAUUAGCUUCAAGUUGCCAGAUUCUCCCAUUGCAUUUUACCCUGAGGAGGACCAGGAAAGGACUGGACUUUCUAAACAUUCAUAUACACAGUCAAAUGAACCUACUACCUCCAAUCUGCAAAUUGGUCUGUGGCCAGAAAAGACCUCAUUUCUGCAAAAAUCAGACCUUACUUCUAAACUGCACUCUUCUUUAAAAAGUGUAUAUCAUCAGUAUUUGCAGACUUCUAAAACCCAUUCCUCGGAAAAAGGAGCCAGAUUUGGUAGGAUUCUUCAGGAACCAGUAUCAAAGAGUUUCCAUGUUCCAGACAACUCAGCCAGAUUAAGUGUAUUCACAGAGAAUAUUGACAAGCAAACUCUGAGGUGUAUUCCAAGACCUGGGAAGAUGGUUAUCUAUGAUCUCCAUGGGUGUAAAUAUAAACAAGAAAUCUACGGUAAUAUUCCCGAUGCUACAUCAUGGUCCUUUCCAAAUGGGGUACUGAUAAAAGUUGUAAGGGGCUGCUGGAUUUUAUAUGAGAAACCACAUUUCCAAGGUCAGAAAUGUGUGCUAGAAGAAGGUGAAAAGGUGUUAAAUCGUGACUGGAUUCUUCAGAACAGAAAACAUCCACAAAGGAACUUUGUAUUGGGUUCUAUCAAACGUGUCUUAAAGGACUGCAGCGUUCCAGAGAUAGAGCUUUGUGCCCAGUCUGACUCAGCAUGCUGUCCUAUCUACAUACAGCGAGCGGUCCCCAAUUUGGAAGAACUGAAUAUCCCCAAAUCUGUGUCCUUCACUGUGAAGUCAGGAGUUUGGCUUGCCUACCCAGAUAUUAAUUUUAAGGGGCAAGCUACAGUUUUGGAGGAAGACCAUGGACUCUUUGAGAUUUCCGCAACUGAAAUGAAAUCACUGCAUCCACUUCAGAUGGGUGGACUGAAAGUAGAAAUGCCUAUGAACCUAAAGGUUAUUAUUUAUGAAAAACCUCACUUUUUUGGACAGGCCAAAGAUUUUAGUGAACAUAUAGAUUCUGUUCCUAAUUUUUUAAAAAAUGAUAAGAAUUUUCAUGGAAUUGGAUCAGUUCGUGUCAUCGGUGGUGUGUGGGUUGCCUAUGAAAAAGAACAUUUUAAAGGCCAGCAAUUCCUGCUGGAAGAAGGAGACUUUGAAGACAGCAGUGCGUGCGGGGCACUAAGUGGUCCCAUCUUGUCUUUCCGGUACUUACAAGCUAAUUUUAUAGAAUCUUCUAUCACGCUGUUUGAAUCUGACCUAGAAAGUGGGAAGUUUAUUGACAUUAUGAAUCAGGAAAUUUCUGAUUUGGAAGAAAUUGGCUUUGGCAGUGUAACAAGAUCCAUUCACGUUAAAAGUGGAGUAUGGGUUGCCUACCAGCAGAAAUUCUUCUGUGGAGAACAAUACAUUUUAGAAAAAGGGAAAUAUAAAUGCUUUUUUGACUGGGGAGGAUCAAAUAAUAUAAUCAUGUCAAUACGACCUGUCCGACUGGAACCACUCGGGAUAAAUGAGCCUCCACAUUUGCUCAAAGCAUUCGGUGAACCAGGGUUCCAAGGUGGAUGUGUAGAUUUUACAGAAGAAGUUUCCGACUUGACUUCGUUCACACCAUGUUCUUUUAAAGUGCUUCGGGGUUGCUGGCUCCUGUAUUACCAAGGGGACAUUUCUGAUAAUCAGUGUGUGUUAGAAGAAGGCCUCUAUGCUGACCUUAUUUCCUGUGGCUGCCCAACAUCUGAAGUCAAAUCCCUCAAGCCCAUUGACUAUGUUUUUGAAGAACCUUCCAUCAGCCUUUUUGCUCUGGAACAUUGUGAGGGAAGAGAGCUACAUCUGGAAGAGGCUGUGAACUCCGUUCUGAAUAAGGACCUGCACUUGUACACCCAGUCCGUGUGGGUGAAAAGUGGACUGUGGAUAGCUUAUGAAGGAUCCAAUUUCUUAGGAAAACAAAUCCUACUGGAGCCUAGUGAGAUUCCAAAUUGGACAGCAUUCAGUGGAUGGAAAACAAUCGGUUCCCUCCGUCCUAUGAAGCAGCCUGCAGUGUACAUCAGAAUAAAGAACCGAGCCCAGGAUGAGUAUCUUACAGUCACUGGAAACCUAGCUGACACAAGGGCAACAUCUGUGUGCAUUUCUCCCUAUAGUGGAAAAAAUACCCAGAUCUGGCACUACUGUCGAGGACUCUUUAAAUCCAAGGCCAGUGAUACAUGUCUUGAUGUGAUUGGCGGCCGGGACAUACCUGGAGCUAAAGUAGCCCUGUGGACUGAACAUGGGCAAUUCAGGCAGAAGUGGAGACUGAACAAAGAUGGAACUAUCAGCUCUUACCUCAGUGAUCAGCUCGUCCUUGAUGUUAAAGGAGGGAAUUAUUAUGACAAAACUCAUGUAAUUGUAAAUCAGCCCCUGGAGGGAGAAGAAACACAGAAGUGGGACAUUGAAAUACUCUGAGAGAAAAUCAACAGCAUCCCUGG